CCAGCCCACAAACGGCACAAAGACUAGGAGGGAGGAGUCUUCCCCGGAGUCGCCGGGAUUUCUCUCGGCCGGUGGGGAGAGCAGAGCGCCGCGAUCCGGCGGCACGGUCAGGCGCCGAGGCGGCGUAGCUAUCCUCGGCAGCGGUCGGCGCCCCGGGGGCCCACGCCGCUCGGCGAGAUUCGGCGGCGAUGGCUCGGUGGCGGGCGCGGCGCCUCCUACCGCUGCUCACCUUCGUCACGCUCGGGAUGAUCCUCGGUUCUUUGCUUCAGUUAGCACUUCUCCAUCAGCUGGAUGAUCCCUCACAUUUAAUGCAUACCGAUAAUGAUCCAGAGGCUGCUGUUCUUCGCCUCGGAUAUGUGAAGCCUGAGGUUAUCAGCUGGACACCAAGGAUAAUUGUUUUCCAUAAUUUUCUUAGUUCAGAGGAAUGUGACUACCUAAUGGCAAUUGCUAGACCAAGACUCCAAAUUUCCACUGUAGUGGACGUCGCAACAGGAAAGGGUGUAAAAAGUGAUGUUCGUACAAGUUCUGGUAUGUUCGUGAAUUCUGAAGAGAGAAAAUCUCCAGUCAUUCAGGCUAUAGAAAAGAGGAUUUCUGUUUUCUCUCAAAUACCUAAAGAAAAUGGGGAACUCAUUCAAGUAUUGAGGUAUGAAGCAAGUCAAUAUUAUAGGCCACAUCAUGAUUACUUUUCCGAUACUUUUAACCUCAAACGUGGGGGGCAGCGCGUUGCUACAAUGCUGAUGUAUUUGACUGAUGGUGUUGAAGGUGGUGAAACCCACUUUCCACAGGCAGGAGAAGGCCAGUGCAGCUGCGGAGGAAACAUUGUGCGAGGACUGUGUGUCAAGCCAAACAAAGGCGAUGCCGUUCUCUUCUGGAGCAUGGGAUUGGAUGGUAACACGGACCCCAACAGCAUGCACAGCGGGUGCCCUGUCCUGAAAGGGGAGAAAUGGUCGGCGACGAAAUGGAUGAGGCAGAAGAUGACUUUCUGAUUAUUUUUGUUUGGUUGGUACAGGGAAAUUCUGUUAAUUUUCUUUUCUGUGUACAACAUUUUGGUGAAUCUGACAAGUAAAUGAAUAGAGCUGAAGGAAUCACCUCAUGUUUGCAUA